AUGGCAACUGGAUAUUAUGAUUGGUUGGUAAAGGUAAUUGUUUUAGGAGAUUCAGGAGUCGGAAAGACUAACAUCCUUACUCAAUAUUGUGAUCAAAAGUUUUCAUAAAAUUAUAUGGCAACAAUAGGCGUUGAUUUUAAGAUAAAAACAAUUACUGUUGAAGAUAAGAAAAUCAAAUUAUAAAUUUGGGACACAGCAGGAUAGGAGAGAUUUAGGAACAUUACUCAAACAUAUUAUAAAGGGGCAUUUGGAAUAAUUUUUGUUUAUUCCAUAGUAGAUAGAAACUCAUUCAAUAAUGUCGAAACUUGGAUCAAAUCUAUAACAGAAAAUACGACUGAUGAAGUUUGUUCAAUCUUAGUCGGAAAUAAGAUGGAUUCUCAAGAUAGAAGAGUUCAAUCAUCGGAAGGUUAAGCAUUAGCAACAAAGUAUAAAAUGCCAUUCAUUGAGACUAGUGCAUUAGAAAAUAAAAAUAUAUAAAACAUUUUCGAUAUACUAGGUCUUAAUCUGAAGAAAAGAUUGGAAAAUGAGACUCUGAAGCCACAAGCUACUGGUGAGAGCUAACAAACUUAAUUCAAAAUAAAUUAGACUCCUUAGCCACAACCAGCACCAUCUUCUUGCAAUUGUUGA